CCUGUUCAAAGUUUAUUCCGGACCACUGCAGCAGGAGUUCUUGUCGUCAACAAACCAGGAAGUCGAAAUCACAUGACUGCGCUGCAGGAAAAGGAGGAUCACGCCCACCAAACAGUUUCCUCUUCAACAAACGGGAAGUCCUCUCUCCACCGUGAGUCAUAUGAUGCGACUGUAAGGAAGGAGGAACACACUUUUACUACCGCAGAAACAACCCCCGAAAGCCCGCAAGAGAGGAACCGGGUCGGGGGUUGGGAGUGGGGAGAACCCAGCCGAGGCCUCGCGGUGACACGUCCACGUUCCCCGGGACACACCGACAGCUUCUCCGGUGCGUGAAGAGCAAACCAAAAAAAUAUAUAUAUAUAUAUAUAUAUAUAUAUACACACUUGCAGCCGAAACGUCAUACGACGUGACGCAGUGUACUAUUUAGACACGUGACGUAAUGACACGAGGGGCACUUUACCGGUUUCGUGACGCUCCGGUGGACCCGCCGAGGCUCCCCGGUUCCGACGCGGCGCGUCGCUCCACGUGAAUUGCUGCUGUCUCCCCCCCCCCGAAAGGACGCAGAGGAAGCGGCGGCGUGAGCAUGGUGAACCAAGAGGAGCUGGAGGAGAGGCUGAAGAAGCUCCUGGUGAGGCUGAAAAUCCCGCAGGAGGACCGCCAGCUGUGCACGCUGAUCCAGAUCGUCCAGGAUCUGCUUUUCCUCGCGCACUCGGACAACGCAGCCGAACUGUUUGAGGACAAAGAUGUCCAUGCCCCCCUCGUGUUGGUGCUGUCAUCCUACAUCGGCAGUAGAGAAGUCCAGCAGGUGGGCUGGUCGUUGCUCUGCCGGCUGAUUGAAAUAUGCCCCCGCACGCUGGACCGGCUGACCAGACCUCUGGAGGCCGCCAAGGACUGGGAGGUACUGGGAGUGCACCAGCAGAUCCUGAAGGUGCUCUCUCAGUACAGCACGGACGGCCGAGUCACCACGGUCGGACUCCGGGCCCUGGCCCUGCUGCUCAGAUCAGACAUGAUUCCUCUGCUGGUGCUGGAGGAGGAAGAGGAUGUGUUUGGCCUGGUGGUGCAGGCGAUGAAGACGUUUCCUGCCAGUGAAGAGGUGCAGCUCCAAGGCUGUGGAGCCCUGCAGCUCCUGUUGGAGAGAGUGAGUGACGACCACCUGGUGGAGUUCGUGGAGAACCAGGACCACGUCGUGGUUCUGGCGGCUCUGCAGAGGUUCCCGGACAACCCGGAGCUGCUCCUGCAGGCCAUGAAGGUGAUGCUGCCACUGGCUCGUCCCGUGAGUAACGUGGAGAUGUUGAUGUCGGGCGGCGCUCGGUGCUACAGCGUCGUCAUCACCGCCACGGACGCCUUCCCCGAGGUGGAGGACCUGCAGGAGACGGCCUGCUGCCUGUUGAGGAGGUUUACGUCAGAGAGUUACUACAACAUCCUGGUGCUGAACGGCGUCCAGAGGGUGGCUGUCCGAGCCUGCCGGACUUUCCCGGACAACGCCGCGCUGCAAGCCGCCGCUCUCUCCUGUCUGGCUGACCUCACCGCCACCAUCGUGCACAACAAAGCGGUGGCCGAGCAGGGCCUGGAGGAGGGCGAGGAGGAGGAGAACAGGGGCCGCGAGGAGGUGGAGGACAUGGGCCUGGGCUGGAUGGAGGCCUGCUGCACGGCGCUGGAGCUCCACGCGGCCGAGCCCGACGUUCAGGAAGCAGCGAGCUGGGCCAUUCACAACCUGUUACUGCACGGAGCUGCAGGGAACCGCUCGGAGGAGGAGCGGGACGAGAGGACUCCCGUUCACAGACAGUUGAUGGUGGCCAUGCUGCUCCACUCCUCCUCUCCCAGUGUGUUUCAAGCCGCUACCAGUGCCAUCGCCACACUCCUCACGCACAACGGUGAGAUGCGCUCCCUGCUGCUGUCCAGCGGCCUCCACGUCAACCUGGUGGAGAUGAUGAAGAGACACCCGGCCUCGCCGGAGGUUUCCAUCAACGCCUGCAAACUGCUCAGCCUGCUCUUUCAGGGAAGGACAGCCAGUCUGGAUGAGUUGAACAUGGCCAUGAGUCAGAUCCUCGGCACCAUGAAGGUCCACAACUUCCAGCCAGAGGUUCAGCUGGAGGCUCUGCAAGCCAGCCUGGUCUUCCUCUGCCCAGACCGGAGUUUGAGGGAGCACGGCGUCUCGGUGGCGGACCCCGACAUGGCCGACGUGUCGCUGAAGGUCCUGAAGAACCAGUGCGUGGUGGAAGGAGCCCACACCCUCUACCUGGAGGUUCUCAACAGGUUCAUCAGCAGCUCCGUCAUCCAGACGUGCGGCCUGAGGGUGCUGUCUGCUCUGGCCGACUGCACCGGUGCGGUGGACUUGCUCUGCCAGCAGGGGGCGAUAGACACGGUGCUGCACACACUACAGAUGUUCCCACGGGAACGAGAGAUACACUACUGGGGCUUCACCCUGCUCACCUACCUCGUGUCCAAGAAGAAGCUGUCGCGGAUGAUCGUACCCGUUCUGGCCUCGGUCGUGGUCGCCUCCCUCAUCCAGUACGGAGACGACUCCGAGGUGCUGCUGAAGUGUUUUCAGGUGGCUCUGAGGAUGCUGGACGUCUGUUCAGGAGCAGCCGCUGAGCUGCAGAGGGAAGACUUUGACAGGCAGAUCUUCAGACACCUCAGAGAGGAGACCCCGGACCAGAACAACUGUGCUCUGCGUAAGCCGGCCUGCCUGGCUCUGUCUAAGAUGUGGUGCGACUCCCAGCUGCACUACGACAUGCUGGAAAAGGCGUGCGAGGACGGAGACGCCGCGCUGGCCGAGUGUCUGAUCGAGCUGGGCGCCGACGUCAACGGGAAGACCAAGACGGAGUCUCUCAUCUACCAGGUGUGUGAGCGAGGCGGACCCCUCGAACUGGUGGAGCUCCUCCUCAGCCGGGGCGCCCACGAGCAGCACCUGCGCAGGGCUCUGGCCGUGAGCGUGAAGCGCGGCGAGGGGCCCACGGUCAUCCAGCUGCUGGGCCGCCUGGGCCUGGACCUCAACAACAGCGCCCUCUGCCUCGGGGGCUUCAGGCUCGGCCGCCUGGACGCCGCCUGGCUCAGCCCCCUGCUGGCGGAGAGAGGCCGCGCGCUCACCCGCCGCUCCAACAGCAGUAAAGGUGUGAGCUUGGCGAGGUACAUUCAGUCGUUCCAGAGGUCCAAGAGCGUCGGCGGUCCUCCGAGACCGCUGGGCGACCCCUGUCUGACCUCCCCCUGUCUGACCUCCGGCUACAUCUCCGACGAGAGCGACGACUCCAGCUUCAGCUUCGCCUCCGUGGACGACGGCCUGUUCUUCAAAGACGACGCGGAGAGCGACGGAAGUGACUCUUUGUCGGGCGUUCUGUCUCCAAAGCCGCACAAUAAAUCGUUGGAGGAGUUGACGGCGGGGUCCUUCAACAGGAAGCCGGGGCGCCGCAGACAUGCCAGCGCAGAGAGUGGUCACAUUGACACUGAACACAGUGAGCAUGUCCAGAGGAGAAGUGGACGGACCGGCUCCAGUCAAAAAGUGUUCGGGCCCGGCGAGAGCUCCGCCCCUCCGUGCCGAGAGAGAGAGCGGAUCCUCCUGCUGGACCUGUCGGGUAACGAGCUGGCCUCCCCGUCCUGCCUGCUGGACGACGGCUUCGUCCGGCAGCAGCUGGGUCACCUCCUCCGCCUGGACCUGAGCCACAACGGCCUGCUGGAGUUCCCCUCGGCUCUCUGCCGGAGUUUGAGGAGUCUGACCCGACUGGACCUGCAGGGCAACCAGCUGCGGUCGCUGCCCGCGGAGCUGCUGUCUCUGCUCUCGCUGAGCACGCUCAACGUGUCCCGCAACUGCGUGGGACCCCUGCUGACCUUUGACCCCGCCGUCGCCUGCCCGUCGCUGCGGCAGCUCAACCUGUCGUUCAACCGAAUCGCCGCGUUCCCCCACGAGCUCGGCCGCGCCGCGGCUCAGCUGGAGGAGCUGUUCCUGGAAGGGAACGGUUUAACGGAGCUCUGCGUGCCGCUGCGUCUGCCGGAGAUCAAGCUGCUGGACGUGAGCAACAACAGCGUGGAGGACAUCUCUCCGGACUUCCUGACCGGCUGCCCCAAACUGGAAACCUUCAGCGCCUCCGGCAACAAAAUAUGUUCACUGUCGCACCUCCCGACCAAGAUCACAACGCUAAAACUGUCAAACAACAGCUUCACCGACGUCCCCGAGGCCAUACUUCACCUCCCAAACUUGCGCUCGGUGGACAUGAGAACCAACCGCAUCGCUGUUCUGCCCGGCCCGGGACUCUGGGAGUCCAGCAACCUCCGAGAGCUGAUGUUCAGCCAGAACGCCAUCAGGGUUCUGGACCUGAGUGGGCCGAUCGCCAAGUGGACCCGACUGGAGAAGCUCCACCUGAGCGACAACAAGCUCGCUCGGAUCCCCCAGCAGAUCGGCCUGUUGGAAGGACUCACCUCGCUGGACGUGAGUCGUAACGCCAACGUGCGCUCCUUCCCCGACGAGAUGGGGAAGCUGGGCCGCCUGUGGGACCUCCCGCUGGACGGCCUCCGACUCCAGCUGGACCUCAAGCUCAUCGGCAGCAAGACCAAAGACAUCGUCAGGUUCCUGCAGCAGCGGCUGAAGAAGGCGGUGCCGUACUACCGCGUGAAGCUCAUCGUGGUGGGGAACGCCGGCAGCGGGAAGACCGCCCUGAUCCAGCAGCUGAUGAAGCUGAAGCGCUCCCAGGCGGCGAACAACCCCAAGCUGGCCGGCGUCGGCAUCGACGUCCGGGACUGGACCAUCAAGGAGCGGGACAAGAAGAGGAUGGUGCUGAACGUCUGGGACUUCUCAGGAGGAGAGGAGUUCAGCGGCUCUCACCCUCACUUCCUGACCUCCAGAGCUCUCUACCUCGUGGUGUACAACCUCAGCAAAGGAGCCGGUCAGGUGGACGCCCUGAAGCCCUGGCUCUUCAACAUCAAAGCCGUCGCCCCCCUGUCCCCGGUCAUCCUGGUGGGAACCCACACGGACGUGAGCGACGAGCUGCAGCUCCAGGCCUGCCUGACCAAGAUCCGGGAGGAGCUGCUGAACCACCAGGGCUUCCCGGCCAUCAGGGACUACCACAUGGUCUCGGUCUGCGAGGACUCGGACGCCAUGGCCAAGCUGCGCAAGGCCAUCGCCAGGGAAGUCGCCGGCUUCAAGAUCCAGGGCCAGCCCGUGAUGGGCCAGCUGGUUCCGGACAGCUACGUGGAGCUGGAGCGCCGGGUUCUGCAGGAGAGGACCAGGGCUCCCCCCGAGUUCCCCGUGCUGAGGCACCGGGAGCUGCUGCAGCUCAUCCAGGAGAGUCAGCUGCAGCUGGAGGAGGCGGAGCUUCCCCACGCCGUCCACUUCCUCAGUGAAGCCGGGGUUUUACUGCACUUUGAUGACCCUGCUCUUCAGCUCCAGGAGCUCUACUUCAUCGACCCCCAGUGGCUGUGCAACAUCAUCUCCCAGAAACUGACGUUGAAGAGCGGCGGCUUCUGGGAGCCCCCGAAAGGAGUCGUUCAGCGCUCGGCGGUGGAGAAGUUCCUGUCUGAGACCCGAUGUUUCCCCAAGAGCCACCUGACGCAGUUCUUCAAACUGCUGGAGAAGUUUCAGAUCGCUCUGCCCUUCGGCGAGGACCAGCUGCUGGUGCCCAGCAGUUUGUCCAAACACCGGCCGGUGAUCGAGCUGCCUCACUGCGAGAACUCCGAGGUGAUCGUGCGCCUGUACGAGAUGCCGUACUUCCCCCUGGACUACUGGUCUCGCCAGAUCAGCCGCCUGCUGGAGGUCUCGUCUUACCUGCUUUGCGGAAGAGAAAAAGCGGUGCGACCCAACCGGAUCUACUGGAGGAGGGGCGUGUACCUGAGCUGGUCCCCGGAGGCCUACUGUCUGGUGGAGGCCUCCUCGGGGGAGGGGAACCCCUCCAGCUUCGUCAGGAUAACUGUGCCCUCCUCGCGCAAAGGCCGGGUGCUGCUGGGUCAGGUGGUGGACCACGUCGACUCCCUGCUGGAGGAGUGGUUUCCCGGCCUGCUGAACACCGACGUGCACGGCAGUGGCGAGGCUCUGCUGAAGAAGUGGGCCCUCUACAGCUUCGAGGACGGGCAGGAGUGGAGCAAGAUCCUGCUCGAGGACCUCUUCACCUGUUUCGACAACGAUUUCCUGCUGGUGAACCCGGAGGACCCCCGCUGCACACUUCCCAUCUCUCAGAUCGCCCCCGACUUGGUGCUGAGUGACCAGCCGGCGGGGACGAUACUGGACGCCGAAGAGCUUCACAUCGACAUGUCGAAGGAGAACCGACUGGGGGACGGGGGCUUUGGGACGGUCUAUCGAAGCGUCUACAAAAACGAAGAAGUGGCCGUGAAGUUAUUCAACAAGCAUGCGUCUGAGCUUUACAUCUACAGGCUCCUCAGACAGGAGCUCGUGGUGCUGGGUCGCCUCCGUCACCCCAGCCUGGUCAGCCUGCUGGCGGCCGGCAUUUCUCCUCCGGUCCUGGUGAUGGAGCUGGCUCUGAGAGGCUCGCUGGACUUCCUGUUUGAGCACGAGCACGGCGGCCUCAACAGGAAGCUGCAGCACAGGAUCGCCCUGCAGGUGGCCGACGGACUCAGGUACCUCCACUCGGCCAUGAUCAUCUACCGGGACCUCAAGCCCCACAACGUCCUGCUCUUCAACCUGAAGACCGACUCCGAGAUCAUCGCCAAGAUCACCGACUACGGCAUCGCUCAGCACUGCUGCGGCAUGGGCGUGAGGAGCUCGGAGGGCACGCCGGGUUUCCGAGCCCCGGAGGUCGCCCGGGGCAACGUGACCUACAACCAGCAGGCCGACGUGUUCUCCUUCGGCCUGCUGCUCUACGACCUCCUGACCUGCGGCGAGCGAAUCUCCGACGGCAUGAAGUUCCCCAGCGAGUUCGACGAGGCCGCGGUGCAGAGGAAGCUGCCAGACCCGGUGAAACACUACGGCUGCUCACCGUGGCCGGGCUUCCAGGUGCUGAUGAAGGACUGUUUGGGGGAAAGCCCUCAGGGUCGACCCACCUCUGCUCAGGUGUUCGACCGGCUGAACUCCGUGGAGAUGUUGUGCCUGAUGAGGGAGUUGCCGGUUCCCCGGGUGUUGAACGGCGAGUGCCUCGCGGUGAGCGCCGGCGGUGGCGGCGGUGGCGGCGGUGGCGUCGGCCCCCCGAACAGCCUCCGAGCCUGGCUGGGUGGAGGCAGCAGCGCCCAGAGACUCGGCUCCAUCACGGCGUUGGACCUGGACGACGGCGCCGUCGCCACGCAGGAAAUAGACUCCAGUCCCGUCUUGUGUCUCGUGACCGUCCAAAUCCCGAGCGAGGCGUGCGAUUGGCUGGUGGCGGGCACCCAGUCCGGCUCCUUGGUGGUCUUCAGCGCUCGGGACCCGACGGCUCGGCACCGCCUGCAGAGCGUCGCGGACGCCGUCACCUCGCUGUACUUCCACGUGCACCCUCGUCGCACCCAGAGAAAGAAUUACUUGCUUGUCGGGUCAGCCGACGGAGUGCUCACCGUUUACGAAGACUCUGUUCUCCAGCAGGAGAACGGGCAGCCGGUCAAAACGCUGGCGGUGGGCCACGCCGACACGCCCGUCGUGUGCCUGGGCCAGUCGUCCCAUCCGCUGGACAGCAGGUCGGUGUGGGCCGGCUGCGGCGCCAAGAUCCUCUCCUUCACCGCCGACUACGACGUCUGCAAGAGCAUCGACACCAGGCCCAGCCUCGUCCUGCAGCAGCAGCGGUCGCCGGGAGGAGAAGCGCGUGUGUCGCAGCUCGUCGUGGACAAAUAUGUUUACCUGAGCAAAGCCGGGACCGCAAGCGUCGAGGUCUGGGACAAGAGGGGCGAGAGGAUGGUGGACUGCAUCGACUGCGCUCAGAUCAUCAGAGGCAGGAAGGGCGGUGAGGCGGAGCCGCCCGGCGAGGCCCGAGUGAAGGCGCUGCUGGUGCAGAGCGCCGCAGCUCUCUGGGUCGGCACUAGAGGGGGCCACCUGCUGCUGCUGGAGCUCUCCACACACCAGGCGCUGCAGGUCAUCGGCCCCUGCUGCGACUCCGUCCGCUGCAUGGCCUCUGCGCUCAUAGAAACACUAAACUGGAAGAACGUGGUUCUGGUUCUGGGCAGAAGACUCCCGCAGGACGCCAGUCAGCUCGACAAGGAGUCUGUGCUGAUGGUGUGGAACGGCACGCUGCCGAUGGAGGUCAAGGACCUGAACAAGCACUGCGAGAAGAGGGAGCAAAUGGCGGUCAAAAUGAGCGAGCGGCUCCAGCACGACUGAGCCCCCCCCGCACACGUUGAGUGUUCGUCGAAAAAGGGAUCGACUCUCCGGUGGAUCGAUUGAAGGUUUUACUUCAUUUUCUGACAGACAUUCUCACUUUCUCAGGGGGGAGCACGUUGCAAUGAAUCAAUCAAAAAAAAGAUGCACACUUAUAAAAAUGAUUUGCUGUGUUUUACAAGACAAUCUUUGUAAUUUGUGAAGAGAGACGUUGUUGUUGUUGUUGUUUUUUCUUCUAAAAAGGGACACAGAUGGUCUGAUUUGCGUUGUUAUGAACGCAGACGUUCAGGAAGCACCUGCUUCCUUCUUCCGAUGAACACGUAGGAUGGUUUACAAAAAAAGGAAAUGGAGAGAAUGCCAAAGUGAAAAAAAAAAAAGCCUCUAAAAAGUGUACAUUUGAUUAUUUAUUCUCACGCGUGUUUACCUGCGAGUCUCAGGUGUACAAAGUUUGUAUGUCGAGCCGUCAGUAAAUACUAUUGUAUGACCUGUGACGGCUAUUUGUUAAUGUAAAUGAACACAGGAGUAAAAAAAAUACGUCAAUUAAAUCUUUUGUUUUGAUUUACGGAUUUUAUAAAUAUUUUUUUCUCUU